AUGGCAAUUUUCAGGGGAGCAACGCUGACCAUUCCUAUGAUAAUUAUGGUCAUGGAUGCCAGGAAGGUGACAGUCCUGCUGACCACGGGUAUUUCGACGUUGGCGAUUGGACUUAUCCUAUCAUUUUGGAUGGAGGAUGCCUCAUGUAAAGAUAUCUUUGCGGCCACGGCGGCGUACGCUGCGGCUCUGGUAGUGUUUGUCGGAACGUGGAGUCGAAAGGAGGGGGCCAUGAAUUGA